AUGUCGGAAUGGAGCGGAUUUAUCUACGCCUCUGCCGCCCCUUUACCCACCUUCAGUCGACGGACGCAGGGUGAAAAGGAGUGGCAGCGCCCCGAGACUCCCCCACGAUCCAAUUCGGCCUCACAAGACCCCAACCGCAGUCGACGUCCGUUUCGACACACGAGGACGUCCAGCGGCAGCCAGGGUAGCCGCUCGUCGCACGAGUCGUCCCUGCUGCAUUCCAGCAGCCCCGCCGUGGGGGAAGACGACACACAUCACACUCGUCCUCAGUCCAAGGUGGUGUCAUCUGACUCGCGUGUGUCUGCUCCUUCGACCUCGACCUUGAGCGCUUCCAACAAAUCUCUCCUGAGCCUCGGGACCGGCAGCACAGCGUCGUCCAUCUUCUUCAACCGUCCUCUGGUGGCAGCCGACAAGAACCGACAGCGCGACCGACAGAUUCGCCAUCGUCACCCCGAGACCCCUUCGUCUGCUUCUGUUGAUCUGAAAAAUGUCGCCAUGUAUUCCGAGCUGGAAGCCAGUAACAAGCCCAUGUCGGGCGUCACUAAGCAGAUAAACCUUUCCUUUCCUCGAACCGACUCUGUAUCAUCAGCCAGCGGCACCACGAUACUGUCAACACACACCAUGACCUCAACCGACCAUGCCAACUCGACCGAGAACCCCGCAACAAAACCCUUUGUCGUCCGGAAUGGACGCACUUACUUUAACGACCCCGGGGCAGCCUAUCCUCUCCCCGCCGACCUGACCGAGCUCCAUCGACAGUCCCUUCGAACUCUGCUCUUGAUACAAGUUUAUGGCGCGCCCGUGGUUACCCCGUCAUUGAGGGUAAAUCCGCCACAGCGCGUGUUGGACCUAGGAUGUGGUACUGGGUUCUGGAGUAUGAUGUGCCACCGGUACUUUAAGGAGCGAGGCCACAGCGGGAUCUCGUUCACAGGCGUCGACAUCGCACCCCUAGCACCUGGGAGUGCUGGGUCACCAGCCGAGCUCUGCAAGCCUGACAAGGAUAUGAAUUGGCGGUUCGUCCAGCACGAUCUUCGUCAGUUCCCCUGGCCUUUCGCAGAGGAGGAAUUUGACCUCAUCAUGGUCAAAGACUCGUGCAUGAUGGUUCCAAGUCAUGUCUACCAGCUUUUCAUCGAGGAGUACCUACGCAUGCUCAAGCCGGGCGGUGUGAUUGAGAUAUGGGACAGCGACCCGACGUUCCGUAUGCUUCGACCACAUGUACCCAGCGCGGUACCCGGCUCCAAUGAAGCAGAGGAGCAUGAAGCAGCUCUAGACCUCGGCGCCUAUCUGAUGACACCAAAGACACCACUCUCAGCACCACUGAACGCAUAUCUAGUCGAGUACAAUACCUGGAUAUCACGUGCUCUCGAAGCUCGGCAACUUUCGCCUGUACCUUGCUCCCUCAUCAAGGCCUACCUUAUGCAGGAAGCCGAGAUUUUGACCGAGAUCCGAUCAAAGCGGUUAGCUAUUCCCCUAAGCGAAGUCCGAUGGGAGCGAGAGGGUGUCGGCGGUGUUGUAACCAAGGACGGUAAAUCGUACGUGGAGAUGAAGGCCAAGUCAACGCCUCACCAAAAGGUCGAGAAGAAGACCUUGACAGCAGGGCAAGCCGCGCUACGCAAGACUGCUCUUCUGACAGUUGCGCAGCUAGUGCAGGGGCUGGAACCGAUUCUCCGAGAAGCGAGCGGUAAGAGCCAGGACGAGUGGGAUGUCUGGCUCAGCAAGAUGAUGGCGGACCUUAUGAGUGAAAGUGGGACAAGUUGGGGAGAAUGCUUGGAGGUGGGAGCAUGGACAGCGAAGAAGAGACUCGUUCCCGCUGGUUAAGUCACGGGGGCAUCAACCAAAAGCAAAGAAAGUCACCCACGUGGGUGACGGCAGACGAUCUGGCAAUAGUUUCUAUCUGAUGCCAGGGCUGGAAUGCUCCCGCGGUCACAACGUGGGGGCACAUGUCUUAUAUCCCAAUACGGCUUGGCUACUCGACUGCUCCGUCACCUCGUCUCUCUCUCAACUUCCUCACGCCUUUCGAUACCAUACCAGCAUCUUCUACAUACCCCCUUUACGCGUCGGCAUCAUACCGUUUUCUCAAAGUGCGAUACCUUUUUAAAUAGUACCUAUACCCAGAUGAUUAGCAAAAACAGCAAGGACCAGGCUUGGAAUUUUGGAAGGGGAUGAGGGCGAGGUUGGAGAAUGAUGAGAAUAUGUUUUUUUCUUCUGGACAUGGCUUUGCCUCGGGACAAACGAGGUUGCUUGGAUAUUUUCUUUUGCUUGUGUAAACAGCAACACACCGAGACGCUGAUGCCGUACAUACUCAUGUCAUCUUCGGCUUGCAGCUUUUUUUCCCAUGUUUUUAUGGAGGCUUUUUGAUGAGGUGGUUUGGACGGAUGGGUGGGAAAAUGAUAUGAAUUUGGGUAGUGUUUUCCGAAUAGAGGGAUGAAUUGAUGCUUGA